GUUUCUUUUCGAAGCGAUACGUUUUUGUUAGUUAUCUUUAGGCUGUCAUUUGAUUCGGUUGGCUAUGCAAAGAGAAGCCCUGUUUUUCCUUGAUUAUAAGAUACUCUUUAAAUAGAUAGUCAAUAUUUGUACAUUUGUUUUAAAAUAUCUCUUUUCGGAAUCAAAGAAUUAAAAGAAUACAAAAAAAAAAUACCAAAAAUCAAAAUAAGAAGAAACGAAGGAAACGCAAAUAAAAAUAACACAAUUUUAAAAUGUGCGCUCAGUAAUUUCCUUUUCCGAUCCGAUCAUUUUAUAUGUAGCUAUAUACUAAUUUAAAAAGUAUCUAUAUACAAAUCUAUCUACAAGACUAACACCCAUACAAGUAAAAAAUUGUGGUACACAAAUACAAAGUUAGAAUUAAUAUUCGAGUGAUAACUUCGGGAUUGAAAUGUGUUUGGUUGAAAAAAAAUAAAAUACAAAAAAAGAUAAAGUAGCUAUCCAGUUAAGAUUAAAUAUUUAAUUUCUUAGCAGCAGCGCAGCGCCACCACUUAACACCACGUCUAGCGCCUCGCAUUCGCAUCACAUCAUAAUACCUACCUGAGUCUCAGCAUAUGAAUGUUCAUUGUUCUUAAUCGGGAGAACCGUCUUGAGCACAUAACAUCAACCAUCAGUAAACAGAAUGCCCUCCCAACGUAAUAGUAUAGAGUGUUUGGACAAAUCUAGAAAUAAUGGAAAAUCAGCACUGGAUCGUACACCGAAGGAAGAAAUUUUGGAAGAGGAAGAAAUUGAGGACUCAUCAGCUGAAGUUAUUGUGCCACCUGAUGGAGGAUGGGCUUGGGUAGUGAUGGUAGCAUCAUUCCUCUGCAAUACUGUUGUGGAUGGGAUUGUAUUGAGUUCUGGCAUGAUUCAAGUGUCACUGAUGAAUGAAUUCAAAGUAUCCGAAGGAUAUGUACAACUUGUAAGCUCAUUGUUAAGCGGUUUCUAUUUGAUGGCAGGACCAUUUGUAAGUGCCUUAGCAAACCGAUAUGGAUUCCGACCUGUGACCAUGGUGGGAGCUGUUUUUGCAGCAUUAUCAUUUGGAUUGUCGUACUAUGCUACAAGUGUCGAGUUCUUGUUCAUAUCGUAUGGUUUUCUUGGAGGACUCGGAUUUUGCAUGGUUUAUAUACCUUCAGUGAUAACAAUUGGAUAUUAUUUCGAAAAAUGGCGAGCUUUGGCGACUGGUAUUGCAAUGUGUGGUUCGGGGGUGGGAACAUUUAUUUUUAACCCACUCACGGAUUAUCUUGUGAAGGAGUACAAUUGGCGAAAUACAAUGGCUAUUCAAGCUCUUAUCGUUCUCUCGUGUGCUUUAUAUGGUGCGGCUUUCAGACCAAUUCAACCUAUACAACUCGCAAUAUCCGAAGAAAAUGAGGACAAAAAUCAUGAAAAUGGGAGCUUUUCAGAGAAACCUAGACUCUUAACUAUAACACAAAAACCACUGCCAGAAGGCCGUUUAGCAUACUCAGUACCGAACAGUGCACACAAUACUUACAUGGGAGCCACGCCUAAACAUCACUAUCCCACAGCUUCGGAAAUAUUCCGAGGUGCGAAUUUUGAACGUCGUUUAUCGGGCACUGCAAGCAAGGGAACUGAACUUAAGAAUCUUCGGAAGUCACAGCCAACCACCCCUAAUGGGGAAUCGCACCCAAUAUACAACCUUAAUAAAGAACUAACAACGGUCGGAGAGAACGAAGAAGAAACUGAAGGUCAAAAUCUAUUAGAGGCCGAAAUUAAGCCUGUAUCGAUGCAGGCCAGACGCCAUACUGUUUCUGGUCGCAGACCAAUAGACAUGCAGAAAAAAGCAAAUACUCCAAACCAAGAAACACAUCACAAUACUCGUCCAAUGUACCGAGAUGAUAUUUUCUUUUCAGGAUCACUCGUACGAAUUCCUCAAUACACAUCACAAUCAUCCUUAGGCUACCAUAUGUCCGUAACCAGGUUGCCAACCAAAAAGGAUAUACUAGAAGAAAGACAAAAAGGCUGUCAAUUAUGUCCGGAAGCUGUGCGAAGGACCCUGUCCACUAUGCUUGACACUAGCUUACUUAAAUCACCGUCCUUUAUGCUGCUAGCCAUAAGUGGGUUUCUAACGAUGAUGGGCUUCUUUGUGCCAUUUAUUUUUGUCGCCCGCCGUGCUAAAGUGGCUGGAAUGGAUAAUAAAACGGCUUUGUUCAUUGUUUCUGCCAUUGGAAUAUCAAAUACUUUUGCAAGAAUUGGCUGUGGACUGCUGAGUUCGUUUGAUGGAAUUUCGCCAUUGUAUUUGAAUAACAUCGCCAUUACUGCGGGAGGCUUAGCAACCAUAUUCAGCGGACAUUUAAUUAACGAUACGACUCAGUUCAUAUUUGCAGCAUUGUUUGGUAUUUGUGUUGCGUGCUUUUCGGCGUUGCGCUCGUUGAUUGCUGUGGAGCUUAUGGGCCUGGAAAAACUAACUAACGCUUUUGGAUUUUUAAUGCUGUUUCAAGGUCUUGCUGCAGCCAUGGGUGCUCCAAUCGCAGGUCUUCUUGUCGAUUUGACCGGUGGUUAUGAUAUUUCGUUUUAUUUUGCUGGAGGUUUAAUAACCCUUUCGGCAUUCCUUUGCUACCCACUAAACUACGUGAGCAAAUGGGAAAAGGAGAGAGAUCUAAAACGAGUACCAGUUCCGCAAGCCUAAACAAAGACUAAGCAACCAAUAUAAUAUGAUAUGGUGUGCCUAAUUAAGUGACUUUAAGACAAUUUUAAAUUGGCCAAUUUAAUUUCUUUAAGAACAUAAUAAAGUUACCUGCUAAUUUAA